GUGUCAACAUGCAAGAUGGCGGCGCAUCAUCGGCAGAACACGGCGGGGCGGCGGAAAGUGCAGGUGUCCUAUGUGAUUAGAGAUGAAGUGGAGAAGUAUAACCGAAAUGGGGUGAAUGCACUUCAGCUGGAUCCAGCGUUAAACAGACUCUUCACAGCAGGGCGAGACUCUAUUAUAAGGAUAUGGAGUGUCAAUCAGCACAAGCAAGACCCCUAUAUAGCAUCUAUGGAGCAUCACACAGAUUGGGUAAACGACAUUGUGCUCUGCUGCAAUGGUAAAACAUUGAUAUCUGCUUCUUCAGAUACAACUGUGAAGGUGUGGAACGCGCAUAAGGGGUUUUGCAUGUCGACACUAAGGACGCAUAAGGAUUAUGUCAAAGCCUUGGCGUACGCAAAAGAUAAGGAGCUGGUGGCAUCUGCCGGCCUGGACAGACAGAUAUUCCUCUGGGAUGUAAAUACUUUAACAGCACUGACUGCCUCAAAUAACACCGUAACAACUUCUUCCCUGAGUGGGAACAAAGACUCUAUCUACAGCCUUGCAAUGAAUCAAAUGGGAACAGUUAUUGUAUCAGGGUCCACUGAAAAGGUUCUAAGGGUGUGGGAUCCAAGAACUUGUGCAAAACUAAUGAAACUCAAAGGGCACACGGACAAUGUAAAAGCUUUGUUGUUGAACAGAGAUGGCACCCAGUGUCUUUCAGGCAGCUCUGAUGGGACCAUCCGCCUGUGGUCCCUUGGGCAGCAGAGAUGCAUAGCCACGUACCGUGUCCACGACGAAGGUGUCUGGGCUCUGCAGGUCAAUGAAGCCUUCACUCACGUUUAUUCAGGGGGAAGAGACAGGAAGAUCUAUUGUACAGAUUUACGGAAUCCUGAUAUCCGUGUGCUUAUCUGUGAAGAAAAGGCCCCAGUCCUUAAGAUGGAACUUGAUAGAUCAGCUGAUCCUCCUCCAGCAAUUUGGGUUGCAACAACUAAAUCCUCUGUGAAUAAAUGGACUUUGAAGGGAAUUCAUAACUUCAGAGCAUCUGGAGAUUAUGAUAAUGAUUGUACCAAUCCUAUACCACCCCUGUGUACACAGCCUGACCAAGUUAUAAAAGGGGGUGCUAGUAUCAUUCAGUGCCACAUUCUUAAUGACAAGAGACACAUAUUAACCAAAGACACAAAUAACAACGUGGCAUACUGGGAUGUCUUGAAGGCCUGUAAAGUGGAAGACCUGGGGAAAGUAGAUUUUGAAGAAGAAAUUAAGAAGAGAUUUAAAAUGGUGUAUGUGCCAAACUGGUUCUCAGUAGAUUUGAAAACUGGGAUGCUGACAAUUACUUUGGAUGAAAGUGACUGCUUUGCAGCCUGGGUGUCAGCAAAGGAUGCUGGAUUUAGCAGUCCAGAUGGUUCUGACCCAAAAUUAAACCUUGGAGGUCUUCUGCUACAAGCACUUCUGGAAUAUUGGCCUAGGACACAUAUCAAUCCAAUGGAUGAAGAAGAAAAUGAAAUAAAUCAUGUGAAUGGUGAGCAGGAGAACAGAGUCCAGAAGGGGAAUGGAUAUUUCCAAGUGCCACCACAUACACCAGUUAUUUUUGGUGAGGCUGGAGGACGCACUUUGUUCAGGUUAUUGUGUCGGGAUUCGGGUGGUGAAACGGAGUCUAUGCUUCUUAAUGAAACUGUGCCACAAUGGGUCAUUGACAUCACUGUGGAUAAAAAUAUGCCCAAGUUCAAUAAGAUUCCCUUCUACCUCCAGCCUCACUCAUCAUCAGGGGCAAAAACUCUCAAAAAAGAUCGAUUGUCAGCAAGUGACAUGCUUCAGGUGAGAAAAGUGAUGGAACACGUGUAUGAGAAGAUCAUUAACUUGGAUAAUGAGUCUCAGACAACUAGCUCUUCCAAUAAUGAAAAAGCAGGAGAGCAAGAGAAAGAGGAGGACAUUGCUGUGCUAGCAGAGGAGAAGAUUGAACUUCUGUGCCAGGACCAGGUUUUGGAUCCAAAUAUGGACCUUCGAACUGUAAAGCACUUCAUUUGGAAGAGUGGCGGCGAUCUGACGCUUCAUUAUCGCCAGAAAUCGACGUGAAGGCAGUGCUGGACCCAAAUGGUUACUUAUGUACUUGACCAUACUGUACUGGUUCCAAGAGUAGUACUAUAGAAGCCCACUGAACCCCUAAGGUAGAUGAGACUUCUAAUGACUCAGUAUGGAUGGAAAGUAUACAUUUAAUUGAAGUGACUAAUAAAUCUGUAAUAUAGAGGAAAAAAAAAUCUAUAUGACUUCAAAGUCUCUCGUAGUCUCAGCCAGUGAGAUGGGAAGUCCCCGAGUGGUUCGUGUUGUGUGAGGUGUACAGAGAACAGAUGAUAAUCCAGUGCAGACUUUUGCUUCCUCCUUUUUGCUCCUUGUUUUUCCACCACAUAAUAUCCUCAUCUGCUCGUGCUUGGUAUGAAACCGUUUUGGCCAUAUUAAUCGUUGCGUUCACAAUAUCAUUCGGAACCGCACACCAGCUAUUUUUUAGUACAUUCCAUUCAUCAAGUUCCUGCAGUGAUUUCUCACAGGUUACUCAAACCUUUCUGCCACAUAGGAGAAACUGGGAGAAGAAACCCAACAGCAAACAGACCCUUUGUGAAUGAAUCAACCCAUUUAAUUGCACAGGAAGGGUUAGCGUUAGAAACAUGGUAAGAUGCAAACGAGAACACUAGAUAAAUAUUGUAGCAGGGUCAGUCCAGUGAUGCUGUGCAUCAUAACAGAGUGAACAUGCUUUGCAGCAGUUAAAGAGAGCUUGCUUGGUUGGUUGGUUUUAGAUACACAUCCGACUACUUCCUGCACUGUGCCCUUAGGUGUUCGCAAGACACACUAGUUUGAUUUUUGGUGACCGUGCUCCAAAAUGACAUUGACAUUAUGU